GCGUGGAGCCUCAGGGAUAAUCUGAGCGCAGGGUGGGGCAGGCCGCGAGGGCGACGCAGGCUUCCUCUGGGUCUGUCCAUUUCCGUUGCUUCCUCAGUCGCGCUCGCGUCCCGCUGCUUCGCCGCUGACUGUACAGCUACGCUUUUCUUCUUCGCCUAAACGAUCCCCGAAGCCAUGGCAAAAUAUACAAAAGGUACUGUAAAGGACUUCCCUGGGUUUGAUGCCAGAACUGAUGCUGAAGUUCUUCGUAAGGCAAUGAAAGGACUGGGGACUGAUGAAGAGCCAAUCCUGAAGAUUCUAACAGGCAGAAGCAAUGCUCAACGCCAGGAAAUUGCAGUAGCUUUUAAAACCUUAUUUGGCAGGGAUUUGGUUGAUGACCUAAAAUCAGAACUUACGAGCAAACUGGAGACUCUCAUGGUUUCCCUGAUGAGACCUGCACGGAUUUAUGAUGCUCAUGCACUGAAACAUGCCAUUAAGGGGGCAGGAACCGAUGAAAAAGUCUUGACUGAAAUCCUUGCAUCUCGGACACCUGCUGAAAUCCGGAAUAUAAAGAAAGUUUAUCAGGAAGAAUAUGAAGCGGAUUUAGAAGAUCAUAUAACAUCAGAUACUUCUGGCUACUAUCAGCGAAUGUUGGUAGUUCUUCUCCAAGCUAAUAGAGACCCUGAUGGCCAGAUUAAAGAAGGUCUAGUUGAGCAAGAUGCUCAGGAGUUGUUUAGAGCUGGGGAACUGAAAUGGGGAACAAAUGAAGAAAAAUUUAUCACUAUCCUGGGAACUCGAAGUAUAUCUCACUUAAGAAGGGUUUUUGACAAAUACAUGACUAUUUCUGGUUUUCAAAUUGAAGAAACAAUUGAUCGGGAAACAUCUGGUGCACUAGAGAAGCUGCUGCUGGCAGUUGUGAAGUGUGUCCGAAGCAUUCCUGCAUAUUUGGCUGAAUGUCUCUUUUAUGCAAUGAAAGGAGCAGGCACUGAUGAUGAUACAUUGCUCAGAAUCAUGGUUUCAAGGAGUGAAAUUGAUCUACUUGACAUUAGGCAGGCAUUCAGGAGGGAUUUUGCAAAGUCUUUGCACCAUGUAAUUCAGAAAGAUACAUCUGGUGACUACAAGAAGGGCCUGCUGCUGCUGUGUGGAGGAGAAGACUAGUGAGGUCUGCGGUAACACAGAGGACAGAAUUUUAACUCACGCCUUGUGCCUUUUCCCAGUUGUAUGGCAUUUACGUAGAUCUGCAGUCUUCUUUGCAUUCAUGCCAGCAUUUUUAUGUCAGAAGCAACGUGCAUGUUAUUAGUCACAUAUCAUAAUGCUUCUUAUAUUGGCUUGCUUAUAUAGGAUUACUUUCCUAAUGAGGGAAGUUACGUUGUUUCAUGCUAUUUUUUAAAAAACAUAAUUGAAACUUAUUGAAACCUUAGGUAAACUUAAGGUUUCCUUAAGUCCCAGUAAAAUCAGCGGGGCAAGUUUGGAUCCAGUCUCUCAUGUGUACAUUCCUUAUUCAAAAAAAUUGACAAAAGUGCCUCUUGAAUAAAUGUACUUUUAUUUUUAAAAUCAAAAACCAGAAAUCUGGGGGUGCUUCUAGGCAAAGCAUUUUCCACUGCUGCUUCUGUCUGUUUUCUUCACCCAAAGAAUCAGGAGGAAAAGGUACAAUAUUGUACAAUGUCUUUUGAGAGGAUAGUGCUAAUAGUUGGCUAUCUGGGAACAUCCCUCUUUUUCUGCAAACAAGUAAAAUACAUUCCAAGAACCAAAUUUCCUCUUAGCUAAACUUGCAUCAUAUCUUGCACUUUGUACUCAUUUUAAAGAAAGCAUCUGCUGAUAGAUUUAAAAUUGUGAGCUAUGCAUUAACUGUCCUGGUGUAAUGUGAUUUUGGUACAAUUAAAAACGUUUAUACCCUAAA